GGACCCGUCAUGGAGGAUAUGCCACUUCAGAAAGUCAAGACCCGGCGGAGGAGUAGCCGCUGGCCGCCGGGGAUCAUCGCCUGUGAAGAUGAGUACGACUGUAAAGAGCUUGAGUCUCUCUUUCACAACUACAACCUGAAGCUGGAGCAGACCUCCACAUUGAAAGCGCUGUCCGUGCUCAUCUUCGUGUCGUCCAGUCUGAGUCUGCUAGAGCUCCUCUCCGGACCCAGUCUCACAAUCUCAAAGGGCUCGUACCCCGUGCACUUCAUCAUUUUUAUCUCGCUCUUUAUCGUCACCAAUGUCAAGUACCUACAGGUAACCCAGCUGCAGCAGAUCGUGCACCUGACCCUGCUCUUCAGCUUCACAUUCUCCAUCCUCUGCUGUCCGUUUCCGUACGUAUCCGUCGGUUCGGGUCCGGAUCCGGAUCAAGGCAUGUGGCAGCUCGUGCUGCUUACGUUUUUGACGUACUGUCUCUUGCCGGUUCGAACCCUGUUGGCCCUGCUGUUCGGGAUCAUGGUCGGCGUAUCGCACGUGAUCGUCACAGCUACACCGGUCACAAUUAAAACGCACAAACUGUGGAGAACGGUGGUGGCAAACACAGUGCUUUUCACGAGUGUGAAUCUCUCUGGUCUGUUUGUGCGAAUCCUGACAGAGAGAGCUCAGAGGAAAGCAUUUCUGCAGGCCAGAAAUUGCAUUGAGGAGAAACUGCACAUGGAGGAUGAGAAUGAGAAACAGGAGCGUCUCUUGAUGAGUCUGUUGCCCAGGAAUGUUGCAAUGGAGAUGAAGGAAGAUUUCCUUAAGCCCCCGGAGAGGAUCUUUCACAAGAUUUAUAUCCAACGACAUGAUAAUGUCAGCAUCCUGUUUGCAGAUAUUGUGGGCUUUACCAGUCUGGCGUCACAGUGCACUGCGCAAGAGUUGGUCAAACUCCUCAAUGAACUUUUUGGCAAGUUUGAUGAGCUGGCCACGGAGAAUCACUGUAGGAGGAUUAAGAUUCUGGGUGACUGCUACUACUGUGUUUCAGGACUAACUCAACCCAAAACUGACCAUGCUCACUGUUGCGUGGAGAUGGGACUGGACAUGAUUGACACCAUCACGUCAGUAGCUGAGGCCACUGAUGUGGAUCUGAACAUGCGUGUGGGGAUGCACACAGGCCGUGUGCUCUGUGGGGUGUUGGGUCUCAGAAAGUGGCAGUAUGAUGUGUGGUCAAAUGAUGUGACGUUAGCCAAUGUGAUGGAAGCUGGUGGACUACCUGGGAAAGUGCAUAUCACACGCUCUACACUGGAAUGUCUAAAUGGAGACUAUGAGGUGGAACCAGGAAAUGGCCAGGAGAGGCACUCUUUUCUGCUUCAACAUGACAUUGAAACAUUCUUCAUAGUACCAAGUCACCGCAGAAAGAUUUUUCCUGGUCUGAUCCUCUCAGACAUCCAACCUGCUAAAAGGAUCAAGUUUAAGACAGUGUGUUACUUACUGGUACAGCUUAUGCACUGCAGAAAGAUGUUCAAGGCAGAGAUUCCGUUCUCCAGUGUCAUGACCUGUGAAGAUGGAGAUAAGAGAAGGGUGCUCUGCUCAGCACCAGAGAAGCUCAGGAACCGGACAUCAGUGUCAGCAAACACGACUCAAAUCAGUCCAGAAACGAGAGUAAACCGGUACAUUAGCCGUUUGAUUGAGGCCCGGCAGACAGAGUCUAACAUGGCUGAGCUGCAUUUCGUCACACUCAUGUAUAAAGAUUCUGAGCAGGAGCACAGGUAUCAACAGCUGAAUGAUGAGUAUUUCACUGGUGCUGUGGUGCUAUCUCUGAUUUUCGCUGCGGUGUUUGGAAUUCUCUACCUACUCAUCAUACCACAGGGGACUAUCGUGUUGGUAGUCUUGGUUUUCUGCAUCUGUUUUCUUGUUGUAUGUAUCAUGUAUUUGCACAUCACUAGAAUUCAGUGUUUUGCUGGGUGCCUUACCCUACAGAUUCGAACUGUUCUGUGUGUUAUCAUAGUGCUUCUAUUAUAUGCAGUGGCCCAGACCUGUGUGAUGGGCUGUAUGCCAUGGCUUUGGACCACCAAUUCCACUCACUCCAUAUUAAUCAUUAAUGCAACUGUUGGGGUUAACCGCACCAUGGCAGAGUUGCCAUGUGAAGGGGCCCAGUACGCUUUCUUGUGUUGCAUGGUGGGCAUAUUGACAGUGGCAAUCUUCCUGCGAGUUUCUUGGGUAUCUAAAAUGGUCCUGUUAUUAGUGCUGGUGGUGAUCUACAUUACAAUUCUUGAGUUCAGUGGAUUCAGACGUACUUCAGGGUCUGGUUUGAUCAGGGUUCGUAGUUUGGAGCCAAUACUUUCUCUGAUGCUCUUCUCAACUGCACUGGCCCUACACUCCAGACAGCUGGACCUUAAACUGCGCCUUGACUAUCUCUGGGCCACACAGGCAGAGGAGGAGAGAGAUGGAAUGGAAAAAGUUAAACUUGACAACAAAAGAAUUCUCUUCAACCUGCUGCCUGUGCAUGUGGCCCAACACUUCUUACUGUCAAACCCCAAAAAUAUGGAUCUUUAUUACCAGUCCUAUGCCCAGGUGGGGGUGCUGUUUGGAUCCAUUCCAAACUUUAAUGAUUUUUACAUUGAGCUGGAUGGCAACAACAUGGGCGUAGAGUGUCUAAGACUCCUGAAUGAAAUAAUUGCCGACUUUGAUGAGCUCAUGGACAAAGAGUGCUACAAAGAUAUCGAGAAGAUCAAAACCAUUGGCAGUACAUACAUGGCAGCAGUUGGAUUGGUGCCCACCAUCGGAUCCAAGGCAAAGAAAUCUACUGCAGCCCAUUUGAGCACAAUAGCAGAUUAUGCUAUUGAGAUGUUUGACAUCCUUGAUGAAAUCAACUAUCAGUCCUAUAAUGAUUUUGUGCUGAGAGUAGGUAUCAAUGUAGGCCCAGUAGUAGCAGGGGUUAUUGGAGCUCGCAGGCCACAGUAUGACAUUUGGGGAAACACUGUGAACGUUGCCAGUCGCAUGGACAGCACUGGAGUCCCAGGAAAGAUCCAGGUUACAGAGGAUGUCUACCACUUGCUUCAGAACAACUAUGAUCUGGUGUGUCGUGGUAAUGUCAGCAUAAAAGGCAAAGGACAGAUGCUUACUUAUUUCCUGGAGGGCAAAGCCCAGGAUGCAGGCAACAGAGCACCACAUCACACUGGUGGUCUAGAGCGAAGAAUUCACGCCAUAGCUCGCAGCAGUAUUGCACAAACCAAGACUGAUAGUACUUUAUCUAUCACCUCAGGCCUUGCUGCAAGGGUCGGCAUGAGCAAUAUCCAAAGGACACACAGUCACAGUGCCAGCACUGAUGCCAACUACAUGCUUACUGUGGAAGAGGAGAACAAAAAGGAUGAAAAGGACAUGUAGGAUGACAGAUCUCAGUAUGCCAGUGAUUGACAACAAAAGCAUGGUUUUACAAAUGAUCUAAAGGAAGUUAAAGUCAAGGAAGAAUGCAAGAAUUGUCUUCCCUUUGUAAGCAUGAUGGUUCUGUGGUUAACUGUAGUACAGUUAAUUUAACAUUAAAUUCAAAUUGACUAUUAUUUACCUAAUCUUCAACCUGCAUAUCCAGGUUAAAUAACUUCCUAAAAAUAUGUAUUGUGGUGUUUCAGGAAUGUAGCCCUUGCUUCUUCCUGGUAUGGAACAACAACCCAAUUUAUAAACUCAAGUUGG